GCGAUCCUUUUGAGCGUAUACUCGUUCAUAUCUUGAUGCACAUUGGGAACCUUGAGUCUCCCCUCAGCCCCAAAACAACCUUAGCCUCACUCGCUUUUCGCCGUUUGGGCUUGAGCGGUGCGUCAUCGGCUUAACAAAUACUCCGUGCACAGCACCACACACACACACACACAGACAGAAUGUCUCCUCCGGUGCCUGAGCAGCAGCCACAGCAGCCUGGCCAGCAGCAGCAGUCUUCGGCUGUGUCGUCUUCUGGUAGCGCCAGCAACGACUCCAAGUCUGCCACUCCUGCGCCCAGUGCCGCCUCAAACACUUCUCAGAGCAGCGCUGCUCCCUCGACAAGUUCUGAUGAUAACCUCAUCUGCCGAUGGAAUGCCUGCAGCCAAAAGUUUACCACUCCAGAGUCGCUCUAUGAGCACAUCUGUGAGCGUCACGUUGGUCGCAAGAGCACCAACAACCUCAACCUGACUUGUCAGUGGAACUCUUGCAGGACCACCACCGUCAAGAGAGACCACAUCACUUCGCACAUCCGGGUCCAUGUGCCCCUGAAGCCUCACAAGUGUGACAUGUGCGGCAAGUCUUUCAAGCGACCCCAGGAUCUCAAGAAGCAUGUCAAGACUCAUGCCGAUGACUCUGUCCUUGUCCGGCCAUCUCAGGAUCCUCAAGGUGGACUCAACUACAGGCCACAGCCUCCCAAGGGCCCCUCUAGCUAUUAUGACCACAAUGGCCAGAUGCGAACUAACGCCGCUGCCUUCACCCAUCAGGCUGGGCAUCCUAGCGGUUACUAUGCUCCCCAACCCUCUACCAACUAUGGCCUCUAUUUCAACCAGCCGCCCAUGAACAACGCCCGCACCGAGCACCUUGGCUACAGCGCCGCCCCCGGCGGUUAUGAUCGAAAGCGCGCUUAUGACAUGGUCGACGACUUCUUUGGCAGCGCCAAGCGUCGCCAGAUUGACCCCUCCUCGUAUGCCCAGAUUGGCCGCUCCUUGAUGCCUCUUCACGGAAACCUGUCCAUCCCCAACGGCCCCAUGGCCGCCACAGAACAGUACAUGCCUCAACCAGCUCCCCCGUCCGCCGUGCACGCUGGCCCUGCUCCCAGCAACCCCCUGGCUCAGCAGUAUUAUCUCCCCAUGCCCAACGCGCGCACGCAGAAGGAUCUCAUCCACAUCGACAACAUCCUUGGUCAGAUGCAAGACACCAUCUACGAGAAUGCCAGCCAUGCUACUGCUGGCGUUCACGUCCACGGCGAGGGCUUCAACGGCUACCGCAACACUCCUUCGCCUCCUACUUCUCACCGAUCACCAGGAGGCAUUCCCGUGACAGCCGACGGCUACCAGUCAGUGUCUGCAGCUACCAUGGCCUCGCCCCUGACAGCCAUCUCCUCCACCGGCACUCCCGCCGUCACUCCUCCCUCUAGCUCCAUGUCGUACACUUCCGGCCACUCUCCUAGCCCAUCCUCCUCGGGCAUGUCUCCUCAGUCUCGCCACGGCUCAACAGCCUCGGUCAUGUAUCCCACUCUGCCCACAAGCCUCCCUGCAGUUAGCCAGGGCUUCGGUCACUCCGCUACCACCACUCUGGGACCCAGCUUUGAGAGCAACGAGCGCCGUCGCUACUCUGGUGGUAUGCUUCAGCGGGCACGAGGACCUCUGCCUCUGCCUCAUGAGGAUACCAGCGGUGCCUCGACUCCUAAGGCGAGCGAGUCUGCCCUGUCGGUUGGCUCACCAUCCUCUGAGUCUGAUGUUAGCGACGCGACCCGCGAGCGCGAGGAGCAGUAUGACCGAUGGCUCGAGAACAUGCGAGUCAUUGAGACUCUGCGUGAGUAUGUCCGAGGACGUCUUGAACGCAAGGAGUAUGUUGAGGAGGAGAACCGGCGACCAAGCAUUGCGGAUGUCAUGGAUGUUGAUCCCAAGAGCCCCAGGGGCCCCAUCCGAGAACUGGGUACUCCUCGUGAGGGAUCCUCACUGUACCCCAUCCUCCGCAUGCCUGGUGCCUAGGCUGCUCUCUGAUGCGGCUGCUGGUCUUGCUGUAUUUGUACUAUUUUCCUUGACAUUCGGGGACUGCUUGAUACGGGUCUUUUUCAAUGCAACGUGUCAUGACUACAUGGUUGGUCUUGAUAUUGUUGUUAGGUUAUGUAGCAUUUGUUGCGGUGUGCUGGAACACUCUUGGUUGAAAACCUGGCCUAGCCAGGAGGCUUUACUUGACUUUACGGGUUGGUUAUGAGUUCGGUAUAUUACGCUAUGGAUGAUGAUUCCAAGAUGCAAAAACACAGUCAGAUUCUCGAUUUGGUUAUAUUCUUUCUCUUCUCGGCGGCCACCGUGCCGCUUCUGGACGGCAAUGUAUCUAUGUAUUGGAUGUCUUGUUUUGGUCGGUGGAGGCUAUGACGGUUAUGAACAUUGGUUGGAAAAGACGGUUCGGAUAUGGACGUGUAGGAAAACUAUCGACAUGAAUUUCAAUCUCGUUGCCGCUGAGGCAGAAUACCAAG